AUGUCGGAGCAUACGUGCAGGCUGGGGAAGGAGGAGACAGAGAGGUUGGUGUCGAGGGCCAAGAAAGACUGGAGAAGUGCGCUGUCCUUGUUGUGGGUUGCGGAGGACUGGGGUCUCCCGCCGCCCUGUACCUGGCAGGUUGUGAAGAGACUGAGGAAGAAGUCUGCUUCGAAGACUCAGUCCAUCAUGGUAGGAGCGGGAAUAUCUCGUCUGGGGUUGGUGGAUGGGGACAACGUUGAGACGAGUAAUCUGCAUCGUCAGGUCAUGCAUACUGAGGCACGAACUGGAGUGAACAAGGCAGAGUCAGGUGCCAUCGCUUGCAAGGCGAUAAACAGUAAACUGCAAGUCGAAGUCUACAAACAAUUCAUGAGCGUCGAUAACGCGCUGGAGCUCGUCAAGUCGUACGAUGUUGUGUUGGAUGCCAGCGACAACGUUGCGACAAGGCACUCUCGCUAUCUCACAGCCCCGACUGACACCAUACAGGGGGGGCCUUGCUAUCGGUGCAUAUUCCCCAACCCCCCUCCUCCAGAGACGGUGACAGACUGCUCGGAUGGGGGAGUCAUGGGGCCGGUCCCUGGGGCCCUUGAAGCGAUCAAAAUUGCCAUCGGGAAGUCAGCAGAGGAGGUCAUGGCGGGCCGGAUGCUCUUGUACUCGGCGCUCACGUGCUCCUUCCGCAACGUUCGCCUGAGACCUCGGAACUCCAGCUGUGCGAUCUGCGGCGACGACCCGGAGCUGACUGCAGUGAUUGCUGUGAAUGCACCUGGGCCAGGCUACUGCCCCGCAAACUCAAAACAGGGCGAGGAUCUGCCGGCAGGCAACUCCGUGACCUGUCAGGAGUACGCGGACAUCCGCAAGAAGGGAGUCAAACAUGUCUUGCUGGAUGUGAGGGAUAGAACGCAGUUCGACAUGCUGCACCUCAAUGGGGCGAUCAACUUGCCACUGGCGGAGCUAGAUAAGGAAGGGACCAAACUUGAGGACUUCUGCUCUGAUGCAGAGUCGGUCUAUGUAAUCUGCCGGCGAGGAAUCUUCUCGAGACAGGCUACCUUCAAGCUGUUGGAGAUGAAGGAAAGGGGGAUAUUUGUGUCCGACUCAGCUCUGGGUCAAGGGAAGGUCAAGAAUGUUUGCGGGGGACUCGUCAGCUGGGCGAAGUCGGUCGACGACUCCUGCCCAACGCAGCAACCAGAGCAUGCCAACUUCCCUGGCGUGAAGGUGCAGGGGGACAACAGGGCUAGCGAACUGAAGAGCAUCAGGGCUAGGAUUGCGGAGGUGAGGCAAGAGCUUGAGAUGGAAAGAGCAAGAUUGAGUGCUAAUCGACAAAGGCUGAAAGAAACCCCGCAAGAACAGUUUCUGCAAGACACGAGGGGGAAGCCGUACAUCCCUGACAAGAAGUAUCAUGGCAACCUUGCCUUCUCAAAGGCAUAUUCGUCCAGCUCGACAGAGUUGAAUGAAGUUUGGCCUCGUCAUGGAGGAUCUGCUCUGGAUGGAAACAUUUGCACCAUGUGGAAAAGCUCUUCAGAUCAGCAUGAAUGGUUGGUUGUGGACCUCGGUGCUCCUUUCGAAAUCCACAACGUCACAAUAUUCUGGGAUUCCUCUCUUUAUGCCACUGAUUAUGUUUUGGAAACUUCGUUGGAUCUGGUUUACAUGACCAAGGCUUCUACUCUCAACAUGUCAGGGACUGCUGAAACGACAGGAUUGAAACUCCCAAAAAUGCUGUUCCAGACACCACAGGUUUCGAAGGCGGUACACCGAAAGCGAUGGGCACACGGCAGAUUCAUCAGAAUCGCCUGCGUCCGCACGGCAGAGUCUGGUGGGUUUGGAGUUCGUGAAGUAGUUGCCUCCGGAGUCAGAAUUGGACAAGUUCAGCUGAAAGAUGACAUCUCCAGGAAGACAGAGAUGUCAGAUCAGGAAAGGAGCGCGAUAGACGCCGUCAAUGAUAUCAGGGAAUCAGCCCAGAACCAGGACGAUGUCAGCAAUGCAGAUGAGCUGCUAGAGAUGCUGCGCAUGGAGAUGGAGAAAACAAAAACACUGCAAGAUCCUAGCUCGCACUUCCGAAACCAGAGGAAAAUCAGUCAGAACCAACCGCAGCAAUGGAGAAAGAUUGUCUUUCACGAUCAAGAGCAAGCAGCGAUCUUCAUUCAUAACAAAGACCCUAUGUUCAUGAAAGAAGCAGCGUAUCGAAGUCUGUUCGAACACCCUCCAAAACCCCACGAAGACGCCGAAAGAGAUGAAGAUACGUGCUUCGACCCUUCAAUGGACAGGAAGAUUGGAGCUUUUGAUGGUACAUGCUGCCAUCCUACGGUCAAUCAGAUUCCUGAUCUGGAAUACUGGUCUGCUAGCAAGCCGCUUUUCGCUACCAGCAAUCUGUCAUUAUCAUUUAUGGUCGGGUAA